GGUUAGGUUUCCUUCCUCGAAAAGCGGAAGUGAAACGUAUUGACGGGUUCAAAAAUGUUUCUUUGACAACACUGCCGAAAAGUAAAUGGUUUAUUGAAAAUGCUUUCGUAUAUUGAGAGGAUAUGAACGACACAGAAGCAGAAUCGUCCACUGUGACUCUCCGAGUUUUCACCUUUGAAGAAAGAAACAACAAGACGCACGAGUCGCUAACCGUGUCCAUACCUGAGGUCCUGGAUGCACAUCAUGGCAUGCACGUGUGGCCUUGCGCAGUGGUGUUGGCUCAGUACAUCUGGAGCAGAAGAACUCAUGUGAAAGGCAAGAGGUGUCUGGAGCUGGGAGCGGGAGUGGCUCUUCCAGGCGUGCUUGCAUCCCGCUGUGGUGCUGAGGUCAUCCUGAGCGACGACGCCAAUGCGCCGGCGUGCAUGCGCAACUGCAGACGAAGCUGUGAGGCCAACGGUCUACACGACGUGCUGGUGGUUCCUCUUACCUGGGGAGAAAUCUCCCCACAUCUGCUCCGGCUUCCACAUCUCGACCUUAUUUUGGCGUCUGACGUUUUCUACGAGCCCGAUGAUUUUGAAGAUAUCCUGGUCACAGUUGCUUUUCUUCUGCGAAAAAACCCAGACGCGGAAUGUUGGGUGACAUACCAAGAACGAAGUGGCGACUGGAGCAUCGAGGCGCUGCUGCACAGAUGGAAAUUGGCCUGCGUGGACGUGGACCUGGAAUCGUUUGACGCCAACAAAUCGGAGUUGGCGGGCUCCAGUCUUCCCGGCAACCAUGUCAUUCAAAUGAUGAUCAUCACACUGGCGAAGGAUACGUGAGAGCUCACAUACUUUUCCUCGCCAGUUUGGCGUUCAUCUGCGGAGCUUCGUUGAACUCUUGAGAAGCAAGCCAAAUCCAAAAAGGACGACCAGUUCAUGAACACUCAGGACUGUGGUUUCUUUAUCUCACCCAUUUUAAAGGACAGAUUGAUGGAUGGAAAUGUCAAUAAAGGAAGACAUUCACUCUGUGACACCUGAUGUUUCUCUGAUUUGUCUUCAGUGGCUCAUGAGAUGGAAUUAAAAUUCGUAAA